AACAACAGCAUGAGGUUGUUACAGAACGACAUUUAAAUGUGUACAUUAAGUACAUAGAUUCAGUAGGGAGCACAAAAUGAAGGCACUGAAAGAGGGUUUUGUAAUUUCGUGGUUUCGUGUGUUUUCUCUGACUCCACGUCGGUUCUUGGCCACGAUUGGCUGUGGACGUUUGUGCUCCACAGUCGCUUAAGACGCCGGUGAGAUGACUUGAGUUGAGAUGGGUGGGUGUGAGGCGUUCACGGCUCAGGUACACGGGAGAUAAAUGCUGCCUGUUGCUGCUGCUGUAAACACGCAGGUAGCACGGUGGUGCCACCAAGUGGGCUCCCAUCACCCUGUCCUCAAGACCGUGUACCGAGUCCUGACUCGCAAAUGGAUGUUCAAGGCUAUAAGUGGGUGCGCUGGCGGGUGUGGUUGUGUCAUCUGGCGACUGUGCUGUCCUUGGGUCUCCUCCUGAUUGUGUUUCACUGGCGGCCACGGCUCGGUGUCCGUGCCCGCUGCUCCUCCUGUCCUCUGGCUGUGGCACAUAUUCUGCUAGUAAAAGACAUUUGUGGGCAGCAUCAUGUGGUGGAGGUCCUCACAGAGGAGAUGGAGGAUGACAGUUUAGAGUUGUUGGGAGAUGUGGACGUGGCUGAGUGGAGAGAUACAGUUCAGCUGUACAAGGAGGAGAAAACGCUGCUGCGCUACUACAUUUUUGAAGGGCUCCGCUACAUCUGGUUGGACAAGAAGGGAGCUUUCUGUCGUAUUAGUGUCCUCAGUGAGGACUGGACCAGCAACGAUCUGUAUGGCUUCCAAAAGGGUCUGAGUCACCAGGAGCAGUGCCUCAGGAGACGCAUUUAUGGACCCAACAUUAUUGACGUGCCUGUGAAGCCUUAUUUAAAGCUCCUGUUUGAGGAGGUCCUCAACCCAUUUUAUGUGUUCCAACUCUUCAGUAUCACCCUGUGGCUUAUUGAUGAAUAUUAUUUCUACGCCAUAUGUAUUUUAAUUGUAUCCGUUCUCUCUAUCAGCAUCUCUCUUUAUGAGACCCGCAAGCAAAGCGUCAUUCUUCACAACAUGGCCCAGUUAGUCACGACUGUUACAGUACACAGAAGCUCUGGAGCGGAGGAGUAUGUGAACUCGGCAGAGCUGGUCCCUGGCGACUGCAUUAUCAUCCCUCUGGAAGGUCUGCUGCUGCCAUGUGAUGCCGCCCUGCUGUCAGGGGAGUGUCUGGUCAAUGAGGGCAUGCUCACAGGGGAAAGCGUCCCAGUGCUGAAAACCCCACUGCCGGGUGGUGAGGAAAAGUAUAAUUCAGAGACUGAGCGCAGACACACGCUCUUCUGUGGAACCCAGCUCAUUCAGGCCAAAGGUGGAGGGCCAGGAGGUGGAGGUGCUGUUGCUGUGGUGACAAGCACUGGUUUUUUCACAGCCAAGGGAAACCUGGUCAGCUCCAUUAUGUAUCCUCAGCCAAUCAACUUCCGCUUCUACCAAGACACAAUCAAAUUCCUGCUCAUCUUAGGAUUUGUUGCUUUUAUUGGCAUGAUUUACAACUUUGUGAUCCUCUUCAGAGCCAAUGUAACGUGGCUUCAGUUAGUGAUCCGGAGCCUAGAUGUUGUGACCAUUGCAGUGCCUGCUGCGCUGCCUGCUGCUAUCACCACUGGCACCAUCUACGCUCAGCAGAGACUGAAAAAAGUGGGCGUCUUCUGCAUCAGUCCCCCGCGCAUCAAUGUCUGUGGCAAGGUCUCACUUUUCUGCUUCGACAAGACAGGAACUCUCACGGAGGAGGGUCUGGAUGUGUGGGGAGUGAUGGAGGGGGGACCCACUGGUUUCUCAGAACUGGUCCCAGAGCCCAGAUCUUUGGCCCCGGGGCCAAUGCUCUCGGGCCUGGCCUGCUGUCACACUGUGACGCUACUGCGAGGGCAGCCCAUCGGAGACCCACUGGAGCUCAAGAUGUUUGAGUCCACUGGUUGGACCCACCAUGAGCCAGAGGGAGAUGGGGAGGUGCUGGAUGCAGAGUUUGGAGGCCACAAAGUUUUGGCUGUUAUGAGACCUCCUGCUCAAGACACUUCCACAAGUGAGGCAGUGGCAAUUGUUCGGAGGUUUCCCUUCUCCUCGGCCCUGCAGAGGAUGAGUGUGGUCUCAGUGGCUCCUGGGGAUGAACCAGCCCUUGCUUUCAUCAAAGGAUCUCCUGAGAUGGUGGCUAGUCUUUGCCAAGAAGAAACAGUGCCGGCACAGUUCUCCAGCAAACUGCGCACCUUCUCCAGCGAAGGCCUUCGGGUUCUUGCACUUGCCUAUAAACCUUUGAAUGAAAACACUGACUUGAGGACCAUUAAACGAGAGGAAGUCGAGAAAGACAUGCGGUUCAUGGGUUUUCUAAUGAUGAAGAACUUGGUGAAGCCAGAGAGUGCAAGUGUUAUUAACAUGCUAAAACUGGCAAACCUGCGCAGUGUCAUGGUCACAGGUGACAACAUCUUGACAGCAAUAAAUGUGGCAAGAACCUGCGGGAUGGUGGGAAUAAAUGAGAACGUAAUAUUUGUCAAUGCCACCCCCCACACCACCCGGUCCAUGCCAACACUAAAGUUCAAGAUGCAAGAUGAAGUGGCAACAGCUGCUGAAGGCUCCACAGAGAUCAUCACUGCGGGCCACUUCCAGGGUGCUUGUGGUUAUCACUUGGCUAUUAAUGGCAAAUCCUUUGCUGCUCUUUGUGACCACUUUCCCGAGUAUUUGCCAAAGGUUUUGAUGCGAGCCACAGUAUUCGCACGCAUGACCCCUGAUCAGAAAACCCAGCUGGUGAAGGAGCUGCAGAAACUGAACUACCGUGUGGGCAUGUGUGGGGAUGGUGCCAAUGACUGUGGGGCUCUGAGAGCUGCUGACGCUGGGGUCUCUUUGUCUGAAGCCGAGGCUUCAAUCGCUUCACCUUUCACCUCCAAAACGGAAAACAUCAGCUGUGUGCCGCUACUCAUCAGAGAGGGCCGAUGUUCUCUGGUCACCUCCUUCAGUCUGUUCAGGUUCAUGGCCCUGUACAGCCUCAUUCAGUUCUGCUCCGUCCUCAUCCUCAACACGAUAAAGACAAGCUUGGGUGACCUGCAGUUCCUGUUCUUUGACAUUUUCCUGGUGACUCUCCUGGCUGUCGUGAUGGGAAAGGGAGGCCCCAGCGAGCAGCUGCAUCCCCGCAGACCUGCAGCCAGCCUUCUGGCUCUGCCUGUCCUGGGCAGCCUCUUGAUCCACACAUGCCUGAUCAUCCUGGGCCAGCUGGCUGCACUCUUCAUCACCACCUCACAGGACUGGUACAGUCCACUUAAUUCGACAGUUUUUGGAGUAGCCAAUCUGCCCAACGCAGAGGACACCAGUGUGUUUGCCUUGUCUGGUUUCCAGUACAUCUUCAUGACUGUGGUGGUGACAAAGGGCUACCCUCACAAGAAACCUCUCUACUACAACAUGACUUUCCUCUGUCUGCUCAUCCUCGUCUUUUCCCUGAUGACGUGGCUGGUGUUGUAUCCUGGGCCUAUCGCAUGUCGAAUACUUAAGUUGUACAACAUCUCUGAUAUGAACUACAAAAUGUUGCUCGUCGCCGUGGCUGCUCUCAACUUCCUCGUUUGUUUUGUUGUCGAGGUGCUGAUAGACCUGGGAAUACUGAACUGUUUCCGGUUGCUGCGCGGAAGACGUCAGUCCAAGAAAGAGUAUAAACGCCUGCACGCCUCUCUGGCCGUCUCUCCAUCAUGGCCGCCCCUUGGUCAAACACUGCUCCCUUCAGAUCACACAGUCAUCCAUUUGUCCUAGCAGAGACUCUCUCCUCCCUUUUCUACUGGACAACUAUCCGUCAACAGAGCCAGUCAAUACUGCGGAUGUCUGAGCUGCAUCCACAACUUGACCAAUAAUGCAUAGUCAUGUUUACCCGCUUUUAUUAAAUCUAUUUUUAUUUAAACUACUGUGUGUGCAUCGUAAAUUAAUAAAGCUAUAGUGUGAGUAUAAGCACUCUCUUGGAGUAGCCAAAUUAAGGGUCAUGUUGCAUAAAUACCAUAUGUAUUUACCCAUGUUGCUUUGUGGUAUCUGACCAUGAGAUCUUAACUUGAUAUCAUUUAAUACAGUUUGAAAUUUCUUCCUCAUUCCCAGGAUAGUCUACAUCAGAUGUGUCAAACUGGUGGCCUGCAGGCCACAUAUGGCCCAUCACUUAAUAUCAUGUCAUGAAUAUCAUGAAAACGUGGCUCGUCUUCCUUCAAACACAGCAUGUGUGGCCAAAGCAAGGCUGCCGGCGAGACCAGCUCCCUCUGGACCAGACACUCAUUGGCUGAAAUAAAUGUAAGGACAACAUUUUGGCAAAUCAUUUUUAUUAAAUCAGUAUUUACAGGCAGUUUGUGUUCUCCCUCAGAGCUCAGCAAAACCCAAUCUGUCUCAUGCUAGAUUUCCUGAACUAAAAUCUCUUUACCAGUAUAGUAAACUCUCCCACUUUAAGUAAACUGAUAAAAAUCAGCAACCGCAAAAUGAACGAUGUGACACAGGAGGCACAAGCUGAAUUUAUCUAUUAAUAUAACUCUUCUAAUGAUGCGCCACUGAAUAUGGCUUCAUUUGACAUCUCUACUCCAUUUAAACAAAUAAAUGUAAAAAAAAACA